AUGUCACACUUCUUCUACUUGACUCCAGAAAUCCUUCUGCCCUUCAGCCCCCUGACUUCUCAGGAGUUCGAGCUGAUCAGGCACAAGGCUGGCGUGUCUUGGCAGAAUGAAACAAGACGGUCAGCCUCUUCUCCAACGACAUACUCCGGCAGUUACCAAAGUUACCGGAGGAAAGAACCGGAGGGACCCGCAGGCGGCCGAUUUUCUUCAGAAGCAGCGCAGCACCGGCCUGAGCGUCCCCAGAUAUCAUCACCAAACGGCUCCGCCUGCACCCCCACGCUCUGCAGGGCUGGUCCCCAAGACACGGCAGGUGUUGGAGGGCUGCUCCCCCAUCUAACCAGUCCCUGUAGCAAGUCGCUGGACGUCAGGCACAGAGUGGCACACCAAGUUCUGUGGGGUGAUUUUUCUCCAGUGCCUCCAAGUCAUGGGAAGUCCUAUGUGAGAACGAAGAGGCCAGCCUUUGAGAACCUGAUGAAGUACGGUCAGCAGAGGACAGUUAUCCUGAGGCGUCCUCCGGUGCCCUGUAAUUCUGCAAGCAAGGGCGGCUCGUCUGAAGACUCAGAUGCGGAUCAAUACUACGUUUACAGUCUGGGAGGACCGUUCUAGUCACUCAGCUGAGUGGGAAACAAAGCCACGAAGCUGCAGGUCCGCGGUCUGCCUCAUCAGCCACUUGGCCGUAGGACAGGGCCUUGGAGCACGUGCACCUGGCUGGUGGCUUUCUUGGACCCUUCCCUGGGCUUCAAAUGCCUUCGUCCCUCAUUUUUUCUCCCCUCUUAAUUGGAAGAAGGGACAAAAGUUAUCGUUGCCAUCAUUAUUAAAUUUUCCUUUAAAAUAAA